CAACAACGGAAGGAGUCGAGAAAAAAUCGACUGCUGCGCGUCGCGAAUAGUGCGUGUGGCUCAGUAAAAUGUUUUCUCUCAAUUGCAGCACAAGUCGGCGAAAUAAUGACGGACUCGUUUCCGCUGCAUGAGUGCGUCUUUAACGGUGAUACCCGUAAGCUAUCGCUGCUGCUCCGGACUCACGAAAUAGCCGAAAAGGACAAACAUGGAAACACUCCGCUCCAUUUGGCUGUUAUGCUGGGAAAGAAAGAAUGUAUCUUCUUAUUGCUUGCACAUGGCGCACCGGUUAAAGUGAAAAAUUCUCAAGGAUGGUCUCCCCUAGCGGAAGCGAUCUCAUACGGAGAUCGUCAAAUAAUAAGUUCACUGUUGCGCAAAUUGAAGCAACAGGCACGCGAACAAAUGGAACAACGUCGCCCAAACCUGGUGAAAGCCCUAAAGCAGAUGGGUGACUUCUACAUGGAGCUCAAGUGGGACUUUCAUUCCUGGGUGCCACUUAUCUCCCGUAUCCUUCCCUCUGACGUGUGCAAAAUUCACAAAUCUGGCUGUUCGAUCCGGCUGGAUACGACGCUGGUUGACUUUUCCGACAUGCGCUGGGAGCGUGGCGACAUUUCGUUCAUUUUCAAAGGCGAUAACCCUCCAAAGGACUCGUUGACGGCGCUCGACAACGAGUGUCGUUGUUACCAGCACGUGCGACACGAAGAGACCGAGAUGGAGAUAGAGGAUGAGGUCGAUAUCCUGAUGUCGAGCGACAUCCUUGCAGCGCAGAUGUCAACGAAGGGUAUCAGUUUCACGAAAGCACAAUCCGGCUGGAUCUUUCGCGAGGAUCGGCGGGAAACGGUGGCCGGACAGUAUGACAGUGAUCUCUACACAAUAAACGGGCUGACGCUGGAGCAGCGCAAGCGCCGCGAACACUUAUCUCGAGACGAUCUGCAGAAAAACAAAGCGCUGAUGGAGUCACUGACGAAGGGCGGCCAGGGUCAGCAGGGCGGCAUCGAUCAGAAUGGUGAGAUCUAUCGAAGGGAAUCGCUCCAGCCACCGCCGAACUGUGAAGUCACCUGGCAGGAUUACGUUUCGGCUGAGCCAGGACAGUAUCCAAACUUGGGUCGUGAAUUAGUUUAUAAGGAAUCGAGUAAAAAUUUUAAAGCAACAGUAGCUAUGAGCAAAGACUUCCCGCUGAGUGUCGACAUGCUGCUAAACGUACUGGAAGUAAUAGCACCGUUCAAGCACUUCAGCAAGUUACGGGAAUUUGUGACGCUGAAACUGCCCAGCGGUUUCCCGGUGAAGAUCGACAUCCCCAUCCUACCGACGGUGUCGGCCAAAAUCACAUUUCAAAAGUUCGAAUUCCGGGACGACAUUUCGCCCGAUCUGUUCGUCAUUCCGGAGGACUACAAAGAGGACACGAUGAGCUGACCGAUAUCUGCAAUAGCGAAAAGAGAAGAGAUACAAACGAUAUCUUCUGUCAAACGAUAUCAUUUGUUGGCAAAUGCAGCGAAAACAGAGCAAUCGAUAAAUACUAUACUGGAGGAUCAUUUUGGAUUGUUUGCCGACCAACAAGGCGUAAACUAGUGGGGCGGAGGCAAUUAAGAAACAGAAAAGAAGACAAAUUUUUGGUGUACGUAGUGGGUAACGAAUUUAUAAUAGCAUUUGGCAAACAUAUAAACUAAACAAACUAUACAGAAAUGGAAUGCAGAACCGGAUCGCCCGAACGAUACAAACACAUUUUACCAAAUUUCACUAAAUCCAAAUAGUAAUGUCGAAGGAAAGGAGGGAGAUGUUUGAUAAUCGCAAACUUUUGCCGUGCAUGGAAUCUACCUGUUUCUACCAAUCCCAUCCAUUUGUCUAUUAUAUUAUUUAAUUCCUGUUAGUAUGCGACUUGAUGCUGCAUGAUGCUGCACUGUGUUCACUAUUUGGGCGCAUGUGUGUGUGUGUAUAUGUGUCGGCCAGGAUAAUGUCGUUCAACCCCAUUAGAAAGAGUGUAGAUGUAAAUCUCGUAGAAGUGUCGUGCAUGUUCAAUGGUCAAAGGAAACGAUUGGGGGGGGGGGGGGGGGUCGAGAAGGAGUCGAGAAUACAAAUCAUGAACACUUGCUACCAAACGGAUACAUAUGAUGUCUCUAAACCAAAAUCGGCAAUUUGUAAGAUGUUUCUUAGUUGGACAAACUGUGCGUCGAGUAAAGAAAAGGAAAACAUGAGUAAGAAGAAAACAAAUAUUACAAAGAACAUUAAUUUAUACCAUGUUUGUAUUGAAGUCGAAAGAAAAAAAAAGUAAAAACAAUCCCAAUAAUGCUAAUAAUCUUCUUUAGCCAUCCUUAUAGCUUUUUAAAAGUAGUGAUGAACUAAGAUGUAGUGCAAUUUUUGCAAGAUGCAACCGUGGAUUUGCAAAGGAAACAAAGUGCCGGUUAAUUAAUCAUCCUAUAGAAUCUACUGCUGGUGUACCCAUUUACACAGCAAAAAUCUUUCCCUCCAUCGAGAACCUCAUCAUUCGAGGCGAGGCAUUAGCGCAAACUGCUUGUAGAUUUUAUCUCAUCACGGAUCUUAAUAGUUUCGGGAUUGGUUUUGUUGGCACGGUUGCCAAGUAAUGUUUCGCGCUUGAAUGGAAUGUAAGCAAACAAGUA